AUGAUGAUGAAGAAGAUGAUUAUUCUUCCAAAUUGUUCUCUUAAUCAAAAGCCUUCCAUUCAUCCACCUUCAAAGUUGCCCCAUUUCUCUUCUUCAAAUUUGUCGAUAAUAAUCCCAACGGAGAAGGUGAAGAAAACUGAUCGGGAGAUUAUUCCUUUGAAAGUUGAUGUUUUUAAAAAGCUGAAAACAACAUGGAUGAAACUGUUGGAUGGGUUUGUUGAUUCAGUUUUUGAAUUCUCUGAUCAAACCCUUCACCCAAAUCAGAUCAACUUUGCACCGGUGGAAGAGAUGGGAUCGGCGGUUACCGUCACCAACAUCCAAGGAACCCUCCCACAAGACUUUCCUCACGGAGUCUACAUAAGAAAUGGAGGAAAUCCAUUGUUUGGAGGACUGAAAUGGGUGAAAUCGAUAUUUGGAGAAUCGAGUUUUAUUUGGGUGGAAGGUGAAGGAAUGCUUCAUGCCUUGUAUUUCAAAAAGGCCAGCAAUGGGAAAUCAUGGGAAGUAUUAUACAAUAACAGAUUUGUCGAAACUGAUAGUUUCCGUUUAGAAAAACUUGAGAAAAAACGACCAUGCUUUCUUCCAACGGUUGAAGGCGAUUCAGUUGCUGUUCUCUUUGCCUUUUUACUCAACUGGGUUAGAUUUGGGAAAUUCAACAAAGACAUUAGCAAUACAAAUGUAUUUGAGCACUCGGGUAAGUUUUACUCAAUUGCUGAAAAUCAUUUGCCACACCAAAUAGAUAUCAACACUCUCCAUACUUUGGGGAAUUGGGAUCUCGAUGCCACUGCUUGGAACAAUCGCCCAUUUACGAGUCAUCCAAAGAAAGCACCGGAAACCGGAGAGCUGGUGAUCAUGGGCGUCACUUCAACCAAACCCUUCAUGGAAGUGGGAAUUAUUUCUGAAGAUGGAAAGCGAAUGGUUCAUAAAGUGGAUGUCAAACUCAGUAGAAGUAGUCUUAGCCAUGAAAUUGGUGUCACAAAAAGGUACAACGUGAUAUUGGAUUACGCACUAACCAUGGACUUCAACCGACUUAUCAGAGGCGGACCAUUCUUAAAAUACGACAAGGAAGGGUACACUAGAAUAGGAGUAAUGCCUCGUUAUGGAGACAGUGAUUCAAUUAAAUGGUUUAAUGUGAAACCCAAUUGCUGCAUGCAUCUUUUCAACUGCUUCGAACUCAACCAACACGAGGUUGUGGUGUGGGGAUGUAGAGCUAAUGAUUCAGUUAUACCUGGACCUGAGAAAGGAUUGAACAAAUUUGAAUGGUUCUCUCAAAGAUUUAAUAAUCAAAACAACAAGAUUGUUGUUAAUGAGGAGGAGGAUAACAAUGGUGGUUCUUUGCUUCCUGUUGCUUAUCAAUGGAGGCUCAACCUCAGAACAGGAGAGGUCAAAGAGAAAUGUCUCAUUCAUCAAUCAAUCUUCAUGGAUUUCCCCUUCAUUAACUUACGUUUCACUGGUCUUCCUAACAAAUUUGGUUAUGCUCAACUUCUCCACUCCUCUGCUAGUUCUAAUUCAGGGAUGUUCAAAUUUGGAGGGUUGGCCAAGUUGCAGUUUCAACAGCAUACGAGUAAUGAUGAAUUUUCAUUGGAUGAUGAGGAGAUAAAAGUGGAAUGCCAUAUGUUAGAGGAGAACUCAUACUGCAGUGGAGCUUCAUUUGUUCCCAGAGAAAAUGGAGAGGAAGAAGAUGAUGGUUGGAUAAUUGCUCAUGUUCACAAUGAGAUUACUAAUACUUCUCAGGUAUAUGUAUUAGAUGCAAGAAAAUUCAGUGAGGAGCCAAUUGCAAAAAUCACACUUCCACAAAGAGUUCCUUAUGGAUUCCAUGGUGCUUUCAUGCCCAUCAAAAAUAAUUAAUUAAUAAUGCAAAUAAAUAAAUUUUCAUUUUUGUCCAUUUUUAGUUAUAAUAUUUAGGUGUGAGAGUGGGUAGCAACUUUUGUAAUUAUAUGGCUCUUUAAUAUAUAUGUAUUUAUUGCCC